AUGUCUUCCCCGGAAUCCAACUUUUUACGCGAGACACCUCGUCCUCGACGUCUCCCCACCUCUUCACCGCCUCAUCACCCUUUAGUGACUACCGGUACGAUCACCUUCAUCGCUUCUUGGCGCGGACAACUACUAGUAUGCACAACCGUACUCCUCGUCGGCGUCGUCUGGUUCGUUAUACAACAGCCAUUGGCUCAUUGGAAGCAUGAACGAAGGGAGCACGUCCGUCGUAUUCGUGAACGCGAGCUCAUGUUAAUGGAGGAGCACAAAGAGGAAAAACCCAUCGAGAUCCCUAGAGCCAAGGAGAGAGGUAGAGAGAAGAAGAAGGAAUCAAGCAAACGACGGAAAACCUCAUUACUCAGAGGAGCGGGUGGGGACACCUCUACUGCUCAUAGUCCAAGCCCGAUGGAACUUUCACCCGUUCGACCUCCCAUCGCCAAAUCACCUCCAAAACCUGCCAAACUAGGUCUACCGAAGACUUCCGCCGCUUUGACAGUCGUGGCAACAUCGGCGCCCGCGAUCCAUUUACGCGCGCCCACCGAUGAAAAGAUACGGCGUCCUCUCCUCCCCUCAAACUCCACUCCGCCCACCACACCCGAUCCUUGGGAAAUACCUCUGCCUGAUUCUCCAGUGGCCGGCCCAUCCCGAAUCAACACGUUCGAUUCGUCCGAUGGCAUGUCGUUCGACGAUAGCGCUUCCAUGGCAGGAUCGACUCGUUCAGGUGUGAAUACCAACUCUGUGACUGAUGGGUGGUCCAUCAUGCCUGAAGAAGGAUAUCUACCGCCGUCUGUCAUAUCCCCAGCAAAAAAGAAGAAACGAAAAUCCAAGGUGGCUUCCACGACGUCUGUCACACCGGAACCCAUAUCCCGUCCACCUUCAACCAGCAUACCAGCCUUACUCGUUCCAGGAGCCUCAACACCUUCGAAAAUGGGUUCACCUCGCAAGCAGUCGAGAACGGCGAGCUUGGCCAGGACUGGGGAUCUGGAAAUUGAUUCUUUGUUGGAUGAGAGAGAUAAGACCAUCGAUGGUCUUCGAGCCGAGAUCGGACUAGCAAAGGCAACGGAAGCGAAAGCGAGUGACGCGGCGCAACGUGCUAGAGCCACAGAAGAGCGAUUGCGGUAUGAGCUGGACCGAGCGAAGAGAUCGCAAAGCAAGGCUGAUACUGAGAGUCGACGGCGAGAGGCAGAGAUGAGCAACCGAAUCACUCAAAUGAGUCAAAUGUACUCUGCCGCCAUCGUUCGACUCAGCGCUCUGGAAAAUCUCGUCAGAGACGCAGGUCGAGCAAUCCCCCCUCCUACACCUUCAGUGCCUAUGAACGUACCCCCACAUUUAUUACACCCAACAUUGUCUCUUGGUUCACCAUAUAACACCCAAUUCACAGGCUCACCAGGUCCUCCAGGUCGCAAUUCCCCCAUGUAUCUACCGUACCCCUCACCAGGAAUGUAUCCAAGUCCUAUGUUACACCCUCAUUUCCAAGCCAGCUCUCAUCAUCCUCAUCCUCAUUCUCCUUCACCAUACCGUCAAUCGUCCAUGGGUAACGAGGAGAUCUCUCUUGCCGGUCCACUCACUCCUGGUCAAGGCAAUCAUUCAGGGUCAGGGAUGAUACCCUCUCCUUCUCCCAAUGGAUUACACACCCCAUAUCCUCCCGAACUAGGUCUUGGAGUUCCAAAUCCCAACGGCUUAUCCCCAGCGGACUUGCGAAGACUCAGCAUAGAGAGUUCGGUGUUGAAGAAGAAAGCCUUGAAAGAGGGUUCGGACAGUGGAGACUCAAGACCUGAGCCCAUACUUGAACAUGAACAUGAUCCAUCUCACAAAGUCGAAGGACUGGGAAUGGGCACUAUCAGCAUUAAACCCGACAGAACGUUCACCGGUCCAACUUUUGGAAAUCCUCCUUCACAAAAGUCCUGCACCUCCAGUCCAUCGAAGGAUCAAAGUUCCAGUCCGGUCUUGCAUCCCGAGUCCAAUGGAUCCCAUUUCGACGGUAUCAAGGUCAUUUCUUCGGCAAAGGGAAACGUGUACGCUCUUGUGGGGGAUAACGGUUCAGAAGGAUCUAUGGAUUCCCUCGAUGUGGACAAUCCUUCUUCCAAUACGUCAAUGACCGAACCUCCAUCCUUGCCUGAUAUAUUGGGACCGUUGCAUGUGGAGGUCAAUCCCGAUGGUAAACAAUCGAAGAUCGGUGGGGAGAACGGCGAAGAAGGGGAGGAGGAAUUUGAACCAAUGUUCGCUUCUUUGGCUCAUACGCCAGCACAGGUGGCGGAAAUUGCUAGAUUGAGCGAAGCAGCUCUGAACAGGAAUAGAGUGACCAGUGGAGAAGGACCAAGAAAUGGGAUUCAGGUCGGGAUAUGA